AUGGACUAUAAGGCAAUUGCCCAAGAAACUGCUCAAGAAGUUUUAGGUUACAGUCAAGAUACAUCGGGCUGGAAAGUGGUUAAGAUUUCAACUAAAGUUUGAGUUCUCCUUGUUAACUAUAGAUAUCGUGUUGAAGCGAUAAUUCCAGAAUCAACAGCUAACCUAUCUGAUUUCCUCUACCAACCUGGAAACAGAAUUACUUGGGAUAGAUCAUUGAAGGUGUACAAGAUGAUACAGAGGAUCAAUUCGACACAGUAUUUUAUAGAUUCAAAAAACCCAGAACAUUCCAAACUAGUGAUGUUUGUCCAGACAGAAAUGAGAGGAAAAUUGUCCCCAUCAAUAAUUGAAAAAACCAUGCCUUCCAACUUAGUAAGUUUCAUCCUCAAUGCAAAAGAUGGAAUAAAGGCACAGAAAACUUCAUCAAGACGUGGAUUUCAUCCUAAUACUCUUUCAUCAUUCCAAAACAAGAAAUGAGGUCUUGCUGCUAUGAAAUAAUGUGCAACAGUUAUUGCAGUUUACUUGUGAGUCAACAUGCAUAAAUACAAUUAAACUAUUCUAGACAGUACUCUUGUCCAAAUUACUGAAGAUACUUUGUGAAAAUAAGAACUCAUAGUUGUACAAGAAAACAGCAUUAAAUAGUUUUU